AGCGAGUUUUACAACGUUGUCCGCAAGCUUGAUGCGUGGAAGGAGGAUGUGCAUUGGCGGCUACUGUCGACUAAAUGGGACGCAAUGACGGUCAAUCCUGAGCUUUUCGACGUGGAAACGGACUCGGACGAGCUCACAGAUGACACCACAGGGGCCAAGCACGCGGCCCUGGCAAACGAAGUGCUGGAGCAGCUUGAAGGAGCUUCUCUGAGCUCCACGUUCCGAUUGGCAAGCGAUGCAGGCACUGUAAAGCUGGACAGAUUGGUUGGGAUGCUUGCUCGCAAGGAGAUGCUGUCUGAUAUGAUCAUUGAUUUCGCUGUCAGAUGUAUCUGUGACGCGCUCGGAGAUUGCUACGCGUUGGAUACGUAUGCAGCUACGUUUUGCUGCCCUGACCCGCCCCAGACCCGUAUUUUGAGCAUGCAUUAUGUUGUUUUGCCAGUUUAUCUGAGCAACAUACAU